AUGAACGGCACGCUAGCAGACGCAGUGAACGGUACGUUGCCGUUGUGGCGGGCGGCGCUCAACAGCACGCCUCCCGCUGACCAGACCGCCCUGCCGCCUGGUGAAGACGCUUACGAUGUGGGCACGGGGGUUAAGGUGGGCUCCACCAUCCUGCUCGUGGUGCUGAUCUGUGGCGGCACCUUCGGGAACUGCCUGAUCAUCGGGGCGGUGUACGCCACGCCCAGCCUCCGCACCGUCUCCAACAUCUUCAUCGUAAACCUCGCCGUGGCAGACCUCAUGGUCUCCUCAGUCGUGGACACCUUCAACAUCGUCGGAAUCUUAGAUCAGAGCUUCCUAGUGGACCACCCUCUGGUGUGUGAGCUGGUUGGUGUGGUUUGUGUCACCAGCUGCAUCUGUUCCCUGGUCAGCGUUACCAACGUCGGCAUCAACCGCCUGUUGUUUGUGGUGAAACCCGACUGGCACGCCAGUGUCUACACCGUGCCGAAGACCCUGGUCAUCGUGGCCGCAUCCUGGGUGUACAGCUUCCUGUUCGACCUGCCGCUGCUGCUCGGCUGGGGGAAGCACUCCUACGACAUCAAGACCAUGGGCUGUACCUACGACCGGACCGACACCUUCAGCUACACCCUGUUCCUGGUGAUCGCUGGUAUCGGCCUGCCCCUGGUGGUGGUGGUGUGCAGCUACAGUAAGAUCUUCUACCACGUGCAUCAGAGCAAGAUGCGUGUGGCCGUGCACCUCGCCAAUCCUAAAGGGAACAUGAACAACAAUGUGAACUACGAAGAGAUCCGCCUGAUCAAGACCUUACUGGUGGUGUGUGUGGUGUUCUACUUGUGCUGGCUCCCCCACGCUGUAGUGGCCCUGGCCGACUUUGAUGACCACUGGCCGCAGUCUGUUCACUUCCUGGCCACUGUGGCAGCCCACGGCUCCUCCAGCAUCAACUGCCUUGUCUACGGCUUCAUGAACAAGAAGUUCAAAUCGGCCUUCCGCAAACUGUUGGGGAUGAAGCCCCUGCCGAGCCAUGCCUCAUCGAAGAAGAAGGACACCCUGCCUCUGCCGCCCAUCAGGGAAGACCCCGGAGCCAUCCCCUCCUUCUCACAACAACGUUCUGCCAACGACUCCAGCAGACUGUGA